UCCGGUACCACCACUACGUACGAGAAUACCGCGUCGUCAUUGCUGCGGCGCGCGUCAAGGCCCCUCGUCCUGCCGGCACGUACGCGCGCGGGGGCGCCGGGAUCGGAUCAGAUCACCACCAUGGACAUCGGGGGCGGCGGCGCUGGCGCCGGCAAGGAGGUGGAUCAGGUCGCCGGCGGCAGCGAGCAGCCGCAGCAGAGGAUGAAGAUCGGGUGGCCCACCGAAGUGCGCCACGUCGCGCACGUCACCUUCGAUCGCUUCCAUGGCUUCCGCGGCGUGCCCGCCGAGCUCCAGCCCGAGCCCGCCCUCGCCAAGGCCCCCAGCGCAAGCAAGACGGCGUUCGGCGUGUCGACGGAGUCGAUGCAGUGCGCGCACGACGCGCGGGGCAACAGCGUCCCGUCCAUCCUGCUCCACCUGCAGCGCCGCCUUUACGACCAGGGCGGGCUGACCACGGAGGGCAUCUUCCGCGUGGCCGCCGACGGCGCCCAGGAGCAGCGCGUCCGGCAGCACCUCGACCUCGCCGGCACCAUCCCUGACGACGACGACGACGGCGCCGCAGUGGACGUGCACUGCCUGGCGGGGCUCAUCAAGGCGUGGUUCAGGGAGCUCCCGGGCGGGCUGCUGGACGCGCUGCCAGAGGAGGAGGUGGCGCGGUGCACAACGGCGGAGGAGGCCGGGAGGCUCUGCGGGAAACUUGCGCCGGCCAAGGCGGCGCUGCUCGACUGGGCCGUGCAGCUCAUGGCGGACGUGGCGAGCGAGGAGGGGCGGAACCGGAUGGGCGCGCGCAACGUCGCCAUGGUUUUCGCGCCCAACAUGACACAGGCGGCGGAUCCUCUGACGGCGCUCAAGUACGCGGUGCAGGUGAUGAACUUCCUCAACCAGCUCAUCGAGCGAGCGCUCCGGCAAAGACGAGAACAAGCAGCGGCAGCAACAGCCAAACUGAUCAGUUGAUGACGUUCUAACCAAACGUACGUUACAUGUAGUGGAGUGUUGUUAAUUCGAUUGUUAGUGCCGCGGUCAGUUAGUUUCAUUCAGUUCCGGUGUUGAUACUAAGCUUACCUGUGCUUGAGCAUAGCUAGGAUCCAGCAAAUCAGCUAGCUGUGUGCAUGUGUUAAUUUUGUUUCUCCAUUCCAAUAUGCGUGCUAUGAUGAUUUGAUUUUGAUGUUA